GGAGGCCCGAUUCGCCUUUGUUCAGAUUCGCCAUUUUGCGAGGCAGCGGCAGUGGCGGCGGCGGCGGCGGCUGGAGCCUCUGAUUGGGUUUCGGGGUCCGGUACUGGAGCCAAUCAGCGCGGGCAGCGAACCGGGGGAGCGAGGCACGGAGUCCCUACCUGGCAGCUGCCUGGGAUCUAUAGAGUAAAGCUUCAGGACUCUUAACGUGGCCGGACCAUGGAGCAGUAUACGACAAACAGCAAUAGUUCCACUGAGCAGAUCGUGGUGCAGGCUGGCCAGAUUCAGCAACAGCAGCAGGGUGGUGUCACUGCUGUCCAGUUGCAGACUGAGGCCCAAGUGGCAUCCGCCUCAGGCCAGCAAGUCCAGACCCUCCAGGUAGUCCAGGGACAGCCAUUAAUGGUACAAGUCAGUGGAGGCCAGCUUAUUACAUCAACUGGCCAACCGAUCAUGGUCCAGGCUGUGCCUGGUGGACAAGGCCAAACUAUCAUGCAAGUGCCUGUGUCUGGAACACAGGGUUUACAGCAGAUUCAGUUGGUACCCCCUGGUCAGAUACAGAUCCAAGGUGGGCAGGCUGUGCAGGUACAAGGCCAGCAGGGUCAGACCCAGCAGAUCAUCAUUCAGCAGCCACAAACUGCAGUCACCGCUGGCCAGACUCAAACGCAACAACAGAUUGCUGUCCAGGGACAACAAGUGGCCCAGACUGCUGAAGGGCAAACUAUUGUCUACCAGCCAGUUAAUGCAGAUGGCACGAUUCUCCAGCAAGUUACAGUCCCUGUUUCAGGCAUGAUCACCAUCCCAGCAGCCAGUUUGGCAGGAGCACAGAUCGUUCAGACGGGAGCCAAUACCAAUACAACCAGCAGUGGGCAAGGAACUGUCACUGUGACACUGCCAGUGGCAGGCAAUGUGGUCAACUCAGGAGGAAUGGUCAUGAUGGUGCCAGGAGCUGGCUCUGUGCCUGCUAUCCAGAGAAUCCCUUUACCUGGUGCAGAGAUGCUGGAAGAAGAGCCCCUGUAUGUGAAUGCCAAACAGUAUCACCGCAUCCUCAAGAGGAGACAAGCGCGUGCUAAGCUAGAGGCAGAAGGGAAGAUUCCAAAAGAAAGAAGGAAAUACCUCCAUGAGUCUCGGCAUCGACACGCCAUGGCACGGAAACGUGGUGAGGGGGGACGGUUUUUCUCUCCAAAAGAAAAGGACAGUCCUCAUAUGCAGGAUCCAAACCAAGCCGAUGAAGAAGCCAUGACACAGAUCAUCCGAGUUUCCUAACCACAGGAGGAUAACAGAGCUGAUGAGUCAUGUUCCUCUCCACUGUUCCUGGACAUGGACUGACUUCCUACGAGACACUGAUGGUUGCACUCUGCCCUUUCUCAGGACAGAAACUACUUAGCUCAGUAUUACAGCUGUAGCAUGGCUGAUGAACUGAAGUGGCAAGCCUUUGUCUCACCCUUUCAUUCAGGACCUGUUUCAGACUGUUGGCAACAUUGACCUUUUGUGACUUCGGAUGAUAAAAGGAGGUAUUUUCCAGGCCAGCCAGUUGGCCAUUGCAGUAGGGGAGACCAGCCUUUUCAACCUGGUCUACAGUCAAGGCAGCCACAGCCCCUGCCUUCCUGUGGAGUCAACAGCACCCAUCCUCUGGAGGGACGUCGGGCUGCCUGAUGCAAGGACAAUUUGCACUCAGGUGGUUCCCAAAGAAGGAGGCUUCCUGUUAGGACAUGAAACAGCCAACUGAGCUGCAGUGCUCUGACCUGUGCUGAUAAGACUGUCUGCCCACAUGCUAGGUCGGUAUUUUUUACUUCAGCCAAGAAAGUACAAAGAGGGUAUUUUGGACUCAGGAUAAAAGGAUAGAAGACCUUGAGGAUCAAAAAAGGUACAUUGCUGAAUCUCUAACUUUGACUGUGGUCUGCUCAUGCCUACUAACGGCCAUCUGGGCCAUAGUUCAUACUAUGGCCACUUUAAUGACAGAUUAGAGAGUAAGUCGACCUCACAGCUGACUUUCCCAGUAGAGAACAAAACUUCACAACAUCUGUGCUCAGGUGCUGAGGACAUACAUGACAGUUCCUCAACAAAGGCAAACCUAGGAUAUUUAAUCAUGGGCUUUAUGAGUGAGGAGGGAAUGGAAGGAUCUGUGCAUAUCAGACUAGAGAACAAGUGCCCUGUCUGCCCAAGGGCUGCCAUAGAGUGUGACUCUCCAGUGGAUGGACGCCAGGCGUGGAACUUAAGCUGAAGACACCAAGUCACAUUCACACUGCAUCUUCUGAUGUGCACUAAAAGAGAAGUUGGAGGUGCACUCCUUAUAUUGCCUGGGCAAGCAGUGUUGAGGCAGUCAUCCUGGCUGCAGGCUGGAGCACUACUGGAGCUCAGAGUGGAGAAGAGGCGUGGGCUCCACUCCUGCCUGUGGCCCAGCCCAGGGGUGAACUUCUUCCCAUGGCAGCUGAUUCUUUGGUGCCAGUUUCCACUUGUUUUCUCCUUUCCCUGUAGACCUUGCAGCAAGGUUUGCCCAGUGCAUCUAUGCUGUAGGGAGCAACUACAGACUGGGAAGAUUCCUGCAGGGUCAGGAAUUGGGCCACAAUUCCCACGAUGAGGUGGGCCUCAAGAAAUGUGUUUCCUGGACAAGCACCCUACCACUGAGCCACACACACACACACGCUCCCAGACCUGUAGAUGCUGAGCCUGGAAGACAAAAAUAAGGCUGGUAUUUCAGAAGAGUUGACUGCCUUCCUGUUCUGCAAUCAAAGUCAAACACAGACAUUCCAAAGACUUUGAGGUUAGUUAAGUCAAGUCUAAAGACUGGCUCUUUGACUUUGUUCUGUGUUAAAGAUGGGAAGGAAUUGACCAUAUAAAGAAAUAUCACAGGGAGACCAGUUUAAUUGGAGAAGCAUGAAGUAAGCCAUCUCUUCUUAUUCCCAGGGAUCUUGCCAUUUCUCCUGGCUUCCAGAGGUCAGAGGGGGCUGAUCUUUUUUAGAAAACUCACUAGAAACUUCUGGUUCUUUAUAUGAGCUUUCAGAUGUUACUGAAAAACAUGAUGAAUUUUUAUCUUUGGCAUGGUGAGAAUUCUGAGGAAAGGGUUUAGGGAUUCCUCAGACCUAAUGUCUAGUGCUUAAGCCAGCAAUUGUAGAAAGCUAUUUAUUUGUGUCUGUAAGUUUGUACAUAAUCCCAAUCUCAUUUUGUUGCUGAGUUUCACUUUAAGGAAGGCAAGUUUGAGUUUUAUUUCCUUUGAAACAGAUACUUGGGUUGCCAUUUUGUCACUGCAUUGCACUUAGCUGUGGCCCUUUCAUUGUGGUCAUUCUAGCACAGCGCAAUAGCCCAGAGGGGGUGGGGCCGGUUUUUUGUUUGUUUGUUUAACUUAGUUCUUUUUACUUGUUUGUUCUUGUGAUUGUAGUGAUGGCUUCAAAGAUACAGAGUGAGUGGAGGAGUGGGCUGCUGGUCUACACGGCACUCUAUUUCCUGAGUGCUUCUGUUGCAGGGUAACUGCAAAUGUACAUAUUUUUAACUGCGCUGGUAGUGGGACACCCCAGUGUCUAGACCACUGCACCAACAGCCUCUCCUGGCUACAGGGUGCCUAAUAAUAAUGUCUUGAUUUUCAUUUGGGACUCAACUAUGUAGGUCUCCCCACCAAUAAGGGGAAUACAGGUGAUCAUUGAUGUCAUUGCAAUUUUUUAAAUAAAUUUAUAAAAAUGCU